UCCGUCAUUGUAGCGAAAACUUGCGCGUGUGGCUUAUCUGUGAGCAAAGUGGAAAAAAAUCGAACUGAAAGGGAUGGUGAAAUGAUAUUGAAAAAUCUAAAUUGCAAUUAAGUAGAAUUGAUAAUAAAUGCGCUUUUGAAACGAGAAGUAAUUUAUAAAAAAAAAAUGCAGGAAUUAAGAAAUAAAACCACCUGUGCGCGUGUGUGUUAAAUUAUAAUUUAUAUGGAAAGAAGUUAGUAGAAAAUUAAGCGAAUUUCGUAUACGAAUACAAAUAUACAGUGCUUUGUAAGAGCACUGCACAAUACAUAUAAAGUUUACACACGCACACCUAAACAAGCUCGUCUUUUUACCUUGACGUCACGUCGCUUUUUUUAACCUGCCGCCAUCGACGAGCACGAUCCAAACCGAGCAUUCGUAAUUUUGCCGCUCAAACGAAACACGAAACAUAUCUUAGAUACGUGUAGAUAGUAGCGACGCGCGACAACUCCGGCUCCCAAUGCGAAAGACGAAGUGCUUGGGGCAGUGGUGUGAUACCAAAAAGAUAUAUGUAUAGCCGGAGAUACGACUACCAGUUAAUGGCAAAAGCCAAAGCAAUUAAACGGCUCACACAUAUGUACAUACAUACAUCGAAAAGUUUUACAUACUGGAGAUUGUGUAAAAAUACUUAAGCCCAACACAAUACAGCUGCACGGAAACCCACGAAAAGGCAAAUAUUUACUAAAAAAAAGUAAAAUUGAACACUUGCAAAAAAAAACGCAUUACAUAUCUACAAAUUAUAAUAACGGAUAAUUCCAACAACGUGUGAAAGGAAAUACAUUCAUAAAUACUACUCAAGAUGGUAUUCUACAUAUCGUUUUUUGGCAAAAACAUCGACCCGCCUGACAAAGUGGCCAACGAAAAAAGCAUGGCCUGCAUUCAAGAUGGAUUGGAACAAAUGAAAUUAGGCGCGGGCAAUCUCUCAUUCGCAACAGACAUCGACUUUCAGCAACGACCGCAAGCGAAUAACGUAAACAUCAACGUAACAGACAGUAGUUCCGACAAUACCUGCCAACAUCGAUGGACGCCCACACAUGGCUAUCGCGACAAGGGUAUCGGUGUGAUGACAAGCCUACUGGGUUGUAUGAAACCGAUACUCUCUUUUAUGACCAAGACUGGCGUUAUCGAGGUCAAAGAUCCAAAGGAUUACGCCUGGGAAAUACCAUUUGAAUGCAUCACUGGGCUGGAGUGGCUGGGAAGCGGUGCACAAGGAGCGGUUUUCAGUGGAAAACUUAAUAGCGAAAUUGUUGCCGUGAAGAAGGUGAAAGAACUGAAAGAAACAGAUAUUAAGCAUUUAAGAAAGUUGGAUCAUCAGAAUAUUAUUAAGUUUAAGGGUGUUUGCACACAAUCGCCCGUCUAUUGUAUAAUUAUGGAGUUUUGCCCCUAUGGUCCACUACAAAACAUACUUAAGGAGGAGAAAGUGAUGUUGCCGUCUCGCCUGGUGUCGUGGUCGAAGCAAAUUGCGCUCGGCAUGCAAUAUCUGCACUCGCAUAAAAUCAUACAUCGUGACUUGAAGAGUCCCAACAUACUGAUCGGUCAACAAGAGAUAGUGAAGAUCAGCGAUUUUGGUACAAGCAAAGAAUGGAAUGAGAUCAGCACGAAAAUGAGCUUCGCCGGCACCGUGCCCUGGAUGGCACCUGAGGUGAUACGAAAUGAACCAUGCUCGGAGAAGGUCGACAUUUGGUCCUACGGCAUUGUGCUCUGGGAGAUGUUAACAUGCGAGAUACCCUACAAGGAUGUUGACUCAUCCGCCAUUAUUUGGGGUGUGGGCAAUAACUCAUUGAAACUACCGAUACCGUCCAGUUGCCCAGAGGGUUUCAAGUUAUUGGUUAAUUUAUGCUGGCACACUAAACCUCGCAAUCGUCCCUCCUUCGGGCAAAUAUUGUCCCAUUUGGAAAUUGCCGGUCCAGAGCUACUGCGUAAAAGCGACAAAGUCUACUUCGAAGCGCAGCAGUCGUGGAAGGAGGAAGUGCGUUCACAUCUCAAGGAAAUCACAAAGAAUGGCACUAGCAUACAUAAGUAUGAACAGGAUUUGAUUAGACGACGCACGGCCGAGUGGCAGCAUGCGCAAGAUAUACGACUGGUCUAUGAAGAUAAGUUGGAGAAGACAAAUCGACUGUAUUUAGAAUUAAGUGAAUGCAUGACUCAGCUGCAGGAAAAAGAGAAAGAGAUUGCUAUGCGCGAAAAACAACUACCAGGUUACAAGCCAACGCGUCGACUAGGCUGUACGUUGCGAAAGAUACAAAAUUACCGUAGACGGCUUAAUGCACCUUUGGUAACACCAGGAAAUGCUCAACAACAACAACAACAAACGUCAACGACACCAGACCCCGAAACUACGCCAGAGAGUCCCCUUAAAGCUAUGCUGUACGCGCAGGUGAUAAGCUUGAAUCAGACAAAAUCAUAUUGCGUGCCCACACAGAAGCUGAAGAAGAGCAGACAUAGGCGAGUUGGUUCUGGCAGCUUUGCAGCUGUGCCCAAGUAUAGUCCAAGUCGAGACCGACGCUACCAGAGCGAGCCAGAAAAUCGUAAGAACGUCAAGUUGGUGGAUACCGAAACACAAACCGAUGCCAUGGAUAUUAGUGAGACAGACAUUAGCCCAAGCGCCUGCUAUGCAAUGCGCGAUAUCUCUAUGACGCUCGCAAAUGACAGCGGGCUGCCAUCUUACGAAGUUCUAUAUGCAAUGGAUCGCAUAAAUCAACGCCAGUUGGCAGAGCCACAGAUCGCUAUGCCCAGACCACAGCAGCUAAUACACAAUGUAAAGGAGCAACAGCAACAAACCGAUGUGGUGCCAGCAGGAGAGGUGUCCGCGGUGGCGACGCCAACUAGUCUGAAUGGCAACUCCAUGACCCCUUCAGAUGUGACUUUCCAAGAUGCAUGCUCUAGUCCCGAUCAACUGCUCGACGAUGUAAUCAACAGCAACGAAAGACUUGACAUACCCGAUUAUUGCAGUUCGAAUGAGCACCUCGAGCGUCUUGGCGAAAAGGUGAUAAAAUUUAUCAACGAGAAUCGACUGAGCAUACAAACUACAACAACGGGCCUUAGUAAUCAUGGUGAAGUGUCGGCUGCUACGCGCUUGCAAGCUGACAAUGGUAAUGAGCUGGCGGGCGAGAGUUUUGGCACAACCACGCAAGAUACGAUAAGGGAAGGCUCGAUGGAGCGCUCGACGCCGAAAACGAGCAGUGUACGACGAAAACAAAAGCAGCAGCAUAGCGCGGAGAAGAAGAUGCGCGCUGAGGAGCAAGCGCAAGCGCACCAUAAUGCAAAUGGUGAAUCGAAUGAAGAUCUCUUCGAUGAUAGUUGGUCAGAUGAGGAGGGCGAGGAUACAGACUAUCACUAUGGGCUACGAAGAAGGAGCAUUGGUCGUCUGCCAAUUGGCCGUGGCAUGCGUGCACGUCGUUGCUACAAAAUACCCAUCAUUCCGAAAAUUCCCAUCCACAAGCGAAAUGUGACUGUCGUCUCGGAUGAGGAAAAUACCUCGGAGUAUAGCCACUCACCAUCCAGCCAACAUUCAACACUCGAAAGUAAUCCUGAUGAAGUACUCAAACAAAUGAAAGCCACACAAAAGAGCGUCGCGAUAACUGCUACAACAACAGACAGCGAAGAAGAGGUCUCGUCGAGCAGCAGCAGUGAGGAUGGUGAGGAUGUGACAACGCUGCAUGAGCGUAGCAGUAGAUCGACAGCAGCAGGAGGAUGCACAGCAGUUGCAGCUGCAGCAGCGCAACGACAAAGGCGUGCGCAACGCCAACAACAGCAACAACAACAACCACACAAAUACAUCACUGCAACAACAAAAGCAGCCACAAAUGUUGCAGUUGCACCAGCAGGCAAUGCGUUGCCUUUUUUACCGAAGCGCAGUGAUGUAAUUUCCAUACCCACAUACGAAGCGGACGGUGCUGUGGAUAUGGUUUAGGCGCGAGUACUGUAACAGCAAAUACUAAGUAGGCUCAUGAACUUUGCCUUAAACAUAAGGCUGUAGUUCCAUAUGAAAACGCAGAAAACAGAAACAAAAACAAAAACAAUAAACGUGAAAUAGUAUGUAAAAUUAUAAGCAGAAAUUAUUAACGCAAACAAGUUUCGCUUUAGUUCAAGUGCGUAUGUAUCUCACAAAAUUUAAUGUUCUGUAUUAAUAAUUAAAUCUACCAGUUUAUUACUUAAGUAAUCGUUACGAAUAAGUGUACAACAACAAGUCAGGCAUCUUGUCAUAGUAAUUAGUCAUAUAUGAAGGCAUACAUACAUACAUACAUACAACCUUAGAACAGAGGAUUACAUUUAAUUACAUUGUACUCAUUACUUACAUAUAUUUAAAUGGUUAUUGUAUAUUAUAAGGUAAUAUUAUUUAGCAGGAAAAAGGAGAAAUUGUACACAUACACACACUAGUAGCUUAUGUUUAGAGAUACAUUACUAAAUAGACUUGGUUUUACAUUAGGGUUCCCAAAUAUGUUAAGCAUUUCCAAGUAGUUUUGGUUGCUAACCUUCACCUGGCAGCAAAAGGAAAGUUGUAACCCAACUUUUGUUACUGCUCGUACAGUGCCCUCUCAAUAAACGUAACUACUAAACUGAAGCGCAGAUGUAUAUUUGUCAGAAACCCCAAAUACAAACAUUUCAAAAGGAUAAUCUGAUAUAUUUCACAAAACAAAACAAAAAACAAUAUUUUCUGGUGAAUGGGGCUUUUUUGUUUUUUUUUUUAUUGUCGGAGCGAGCACAAAGUUAAGCAUGCAGAAAACAGCACUCAGACUACUGUUUUCGUAUUGUAUUUCAUUGUAUCGCUGAUAAAA